AUGAACCAUAAUGGAACCGCUGAUAUUUCUGCUGCUGCUGCUGACUACGACGAUAUGUCUAGCGUGAGCUCGGAGCUGAGUGAAACGCCAUAUCUCGAGAAAAAACCCCCAAUAGCAGAACCAAGUGAAUUGCUAACUCCACCAACUUUCCAGUUGCAAAACAAGAGCAAUGGUAAUGGCAAAGAUCUCAGAUUUCUCGCGAGUUCCAAUUUCUCAUCGGACUCAGUUACCGAGCAAACGCUAACUCCCGCGUCGUUUAACCAGAUCAAGACUACCCCUAGAAGAUAUUCCAAUGGCUCGCCGAAUGGCGUCAACACAACAAUAACAUCGGCAACGUACCAGCCUUCUUCUACGACGAGAACGGGCCGAUCGAGACCCGUCUCUACGUUUUUAAUGGACUCCAACAAUUCCAUCAUGGAAGACCACUCAGAACUCGAUUUUGCGCUGGAGAGAAGCAAUUCAGGUGCAAGCAUGAAACAUCAGCUGGCGGACUUGACUAAGCUGCCCAUGUUUUUCUCCGAUCUCCCCAUGUUUGAAAAUCAGAACCAGAACCAGUACCAGUUCCGAGGUGCUGCUCCUAGGUCACCCACGACGUCUCCGUCGCCCGUGAGAAACGGUAGGAAAACGUACCGGCCGAAAUCACCCGUGAGGUCAUCAUCGCCCACCAAAAGGAUUAGCCCCUUCAAUUUCCAGCCGCAGGAGAUGAUGAUGAUGAUGCAUAGUAACGGAUCGGGCUCCUCUUUACAAGUCAAGCCUGCGCAUAGAAAGGGGCACAAGUACAAGCAUUCCUCCGUGUCCAUGAACAUGUUUCAAGAACCGCCACCCGUGACGUUGGCAGACUCACCCUUAAAAGCGAUACCUGAUCUGUACCCUAUACCAAACUCCAAGGAGGCGUUUGAUUCCAUCACCAAGAACCAGAAGUUGCGGUUGCUUUGGGCGGCGUCGCAUUUUGCUGCUUCUGUUGUUGUGUUUGUCACCGGUUUCAGACUACACAUUAGUUCGUUAUCUACAUUGGCGCACUUGAUAUUUUACGACGCCUUGGGCUCGCUUUUUGUGGUUUUGGUGGACGUAAUGGCUAACUUUGAAGUAUGGAACAAUUCAUCGAUUGCUUAUCCUUUUGGACUUGAGCGUCUUGAAGUAUUGGUUGGGUUCGCAUUGAGUGCAUCGUUGGUGAUGUUGAGUUUUGACUUGUUUAGCCACUUUGUCGAGGAGUUUGUGUUGUCGUGGGUUUCGCAUGAUGAUCAUGCUGGACAUGAGCACAUGUCGCAUCACGUUCAUGACGAGCUGGGGAAAAUUGGCAACAUCUACGCGUAUGAGUCCGUAUUGGUUCUUGCGUUGGUGAUUUCGCUUGUUUCGUCAAACGUCAUUUUAACUUAUGACCGGUUGAAUGAGAUGAUGACCUCGACGGAACAGGUUCGGCACCUGAAUGGUCUUAUUGUCAACCUGGAGCAGAAUAAGCUGAAUAAACUGCGGUUGAUGAAAUUGAUCUACGCGUGGAAAAACUACCCCACGCAUUUGAUCACCAUUACUUAUGCCUUGUUUCUCAUUGGAAUACCGAUGGUUCCUGAAACUUGGGCCAAGAAUCUAACGUAUGACAUUAACAAGUGUGCCACGUUUCUAGUUGGCGCGUUGAUCUGUUAUAAUGGAUGGAGUUUGGUUAAAAAGUUGGGUGGGAUCUUACUUUGUGCGUUCCCUUAUUCAGAUUACCAAUAUAGUUUCAUCAAAUCCAAGAUAACUGAUCAGAUACUAGCAUUGGAAUGCUUUAGACAAGAAUUUGAGAUUCAGAGAUUAUUUAUUACGAAAUUUAGCUAUAACUUAUACGUUGCGGGAGUUAGCAUCAAGAUGAAAGGGGCCGAUUCAGACGAGGAAGUUCGCAUGCGGUUUGAAGUCGCUCGGAUCUUGAAUAGGGAGAUCAAGGAGUUGGAACGAGGAGGGUUCCGCGAUGCGAGUAUUGAAAUAACGAUUGAUAUAGAUAGAUUUUAA